GGGAGGUGGAAGAUCUGGGGAACAGGGAUUGGUUACAUGUCGGAUCUGCAAAAUCCUAUAACAAACAAAGUCACGGACAAGUCUGCCAAGCCACAGAAAGACUAUACACAGCAAAACAACAUGGACCAAAAGAUAUGGCACGGGUUUAUGAAUGCACAUGCUAAAAUGUUUAAUGGGCACUUGUCGGGUGUAAAAGAGUUGAUUCAACAAUCUCUAGAGGCCAAAAAGUUCGCCUACUGCCCCUACAGCAAGUUUAGAGUUGGGGCGGCACUCCUGACACUCGAUGGGACAGUUUUUACAGGAUGUAAUGUGGAAAACGUUUGCUUCAACUUGGGAAUCUGCGCAGAGAGAAUUGCUAUCUCAAAAGCUGUAUCAGAGGGCUACAGGGAUUUCAAAGCCAUUGCGAUUGCAAGUGAUAUGUGUGAGCACUUAAUUUCUCCUUGCGGUGGCUGCAGGCAGUUCAUGAGAGAGUUUGGUGCUAACUGGGAUGUGUAUUUGUCCAAACCAGACGGUUCCUAUGUGGAGAUGAAAGUUGAGGAACUGCUGCCAAUGUCUUUUGGUCCCGAGGACUUAAAAAUGAAGAAAGUGAAUAAUAUUCAGAACGAGUAUUAAUGAUUUAUGUUCUGGAACUAGGGUUUUAAACUAGGGGUCAAUAAUAUAGGAUUUUCUUUACAAAUAUAAAAACAUUUAUAUUUCUACAAAUUUAUGUUUAAACUUGGUACAGUAGGUACAUUAAUGAUAUAGAAGAUAGUAAUGUUUGUAGAUGUUUUUAACAUUAUUAAUGAAAGUUAUCAGUGUUACUGGGGAAAUCUAGCUUUUUAUUUUGGGGGUCCCUUGGUCUGUAAUGAUUGAAAAUGCCUUUUCAAGGUUCUAAACUUUGAAAAGCCCAUACCUGAACAUUGUGCAGGGUAGAUAAAGAGGUAUUAUGUGGAUUAAUGGGGUUUAAUACUGUGUUAAACAUGCACACAAUUGUCUUUUGUAAUAAAUACAAAGUCAGAACAGGUAUAAAUGAGUGGACAAAUGUUGCUACAGUACAAACUUUAUUAUUAUUUUUAAAUAAUGCACACACACACACACAUACAUACACACACACACUACCAGUCAAAAGUUUUGAAACACUUGACUGAAAUGUUUCUCAUGAUCUUAAAAAUAUUUUGAUCUGAAGACGUAAGCUUAAAUAUUUGAAAUUAGGUUUGUAGACAAAAAUAUAAUUUUGCCACCAUAUUAACUUAUUUCAUUAUAAAACUAAAAUGUAAUAAAAAAUAAAAAUAAAAAGGUUUUGAAAUUGAUAAUUUGGACCAAAUAAUAAAGAAAAGCAGCCAAUAAGUGCCCAACAUAGAUGUGAACUCCAAUACUGUUUAAAAAGCAUCCCAGGGUGAUACCUCAAGAAGUUGGUUGAGAAAAUGUCAAGAGUACAUUUCUGCAAAUUCUAGGCAAAGGGUGACUACUUUGAAGAUGCUAAAAUAUAACACAGUUUUGAUUUAUUUUUUGAUAUUAUAUUUUUAGUCACAACAUAAUUCCCAUAGUUCCUUUUAUGUUAUUCCAGUUUUGAUGACAUUACUAUUAUUCUAAAAUGUGAAAAAAUUAUGAAUAGAAAUUAUGAUAAAGAAUAAGUGUUUCAAAACUUUUGACCAGUAGUGUAUGUAUGUAUGUAUGUAUAUAUCAACCACAAAAAGUGCAACAAAAAAUAAAUAGCCAACUGAGGAUCUAGAACAUUCUUAACCUGUUCUAUUGGUAGUGAUAUUACAGAUGCAGUUAGAACCUCUCAUUAUUAAAUAUUAAUAAAGCUACUCUGUACCAUU